AUGCCUCGUGGCCAAAAGAGCAAGCUCCGUGCCCGCGAGAAGCGCCGUCAGGCCCGUGACCAAAAUACAGUGGAGGAACCAGCCUCACCCGAUCCUUCCUAUGAGGGUCCAGAUCAGGCUAGUCCUGCUGCUGGUAUGCCUACACCUCCGAACAAGCUGCAGGGGGCACACUGUACCUUUUCACACACAUAUGAAAAUACAGGUGCCAGAAACCAAGAUGAGAAAAGUUCAGAUGAUUCUGAUGACAUCGAGGUCUGGAGUAAAGAUCCGACAAACCGCAAAGUAGUCUUACUGGUACAGUUCCUGAUAGAGAAGUAUCAAAAGAAGGAGGUUAUUACAAAGGCAGAUAUGCUGAAGCGUGUUAUCAAAACAUCAAAAAACCACUUCACUGAGAUCCUAAAGAGAGCCACAGAGCACAUGGAACUAGCCUUUGGUGUUGAUCUGAAGGAAGUCGAUCCUAUCAGACACUGCUAUGCCCUUUUCAACAAACUAGACCAUACCUAUGAUGGAGUAAAGGAAGAAAAAAUGCCCAAUACUGGGCUAUUAAUGAUAGUUCUUGGUGUGAUCUUCAAGAAAAAUAACUGUGCCUCUGAAAAGGAGGUCUGGGAAGUGCUGAAUGUGAUGGGUGUAUAUGCUGACAAGAAACACUUCAUCUACGGAGAGCCUAAGAAAGUUAUCACUGAAGAUUUGGUCAGGCUGAAGUAUCUGGAGUACAGAAAAGUGCCCAACAGCAAUCCUCCAUCCUUCGAAUUCACAUGGGGUUCCAGAGCCCAGGCUGAAAUCAGCAAGAUGAAAAUCCUGGAGUUUUGGGCCAAGAUCCAUGAUACUACACCAGAAGCCUUUGGAUCCUUGUAUGAAAAAGCUGUGAAAGAUGAAGAAGAAAGAGCUCAAGCCAGGUCUGCAGCAAGGGCUCGCACUGCUGCUAUGUCCAGUUCACAUUCGAAAGCCAUGGCCAGCAGCUCCUCCCAUGCUAAGUAAUAGCUAAGGGUAUUUCCUCACUAUUUGUUUAAAAAGGUUAUAUUUUAAAGGUUGAAGUCUGACGAUGUCCUGUGUGGAAAUUAAAGACAGUGAGCAUUUUAAGUUGUAGAUGGGCAGCACAGAAGGAGCACAUUGAAUACCGUCAUCGCUUUUCUCAGCUACAUUUGUUGUUUUGUUUCAUUUUGUUGUUUUGUGUAUUAUUUCAGAUGUUUUUUUCAAUAGACUUUAAUACAUUUUUAUAAAAUUACAAAUAAAUUUGCUUAUACAUUUAUUGCCCUUUAAAAGUUUAAGCUGUUGUGGGAGGAGAGAAG